AUGCCACAGUAUAUGAAAUUCAUGAAGGACAUCUCGAAGAAGAAAAGAAAGUUGGAGGAUUAUGAAAUGAUCCCACUCACAGAGGAGUGUAGUGUCAUACUACAAAGAAAGCUUCCAUCCAAACUUAAAGAUCCAGGAAGAUUUUCUAUUCCUUGUUCAAUUGGUGAUGUUGUCUUUGCAAAUGUUUUAUGUGACUUAGGAGCCAGUAUUAACUUAAUGCCUUUAUCUGUUUUCAAGAAAUUGGGAUAUGGAAAGGUGAGACCAACCACAAUUUCAUUGCAACUAGCUGAUAGAUCAAUAAAGUACCGAAGAGGGAUCAUUGAAGACGUUCUUGUCAAAGUAGGGAAAUUCAUCUUUCCUGUGGACUUUGUAGUGUUGGAUAUGGAGGAAGAUGAAACAUGCCUAUUAUUCUGGGAAGACCUUUCUUGGCGACGGGAAGAGCGAAGAUUGAUGUAG